AAGUCAGAAGAAAGACUUCACAACUCGGAAAAUGGGAACAUCCGAGGAGCACUUGAAUGCAGCAUAAGUACCCUAACUACACAUCACACAUCUCAGUCGCCAACUAAGCUACGAGCUAAGCUAACUAGCUGCGAAGAGUGUCAUGUAGUCAACUCUACACUCAAGUUUAAAUGAAGACGACUGCAGAGUGAUUCAAACAUGGAAUUAAGGAAUAUCAAGGACCAGUCUCCAUUGGUCCAGGCUAUAUUCAGCCGAAAUGCAGAAGAAGUGACAUUUCUGUUGAACCAUAACGAAGAUGUCAAUUCACUGGACCAGGAACAAACCACACCACUUCAUGCUGCUGCUUAUUUGGGUGAUGUCCACAUUAUGGACUUACUUAUUACUUCAGGUGCAUAUCUCAACGCUAAGGAUCAGGGAUUGCUGACUCCUUUACAUCGGGCUGCUGCCUCAAGAAAUGAAAGAGCUGUGGAGCUGCUACUAAAGCACGGAGCAGAGGUCAACAUUCGGGACAAGUUUUGGCACACACCUUUACACAUGGCAGCUGCUAACUGGGCUACAGGCUGCGCCUCAGCUCUGAUACCACACGUGUGCAGCCUGGAUGUUGCCGACAGAUCAGGAAGGACACCACUGCAUCAUGCAGCCCACAGCGGCCAUGCAGAGAUGGUGGGCUUGCUCCUGAGCAAAGGUGCCAAUGUGAAUGCCAAAGACAAGAAGGAAAGGCAGGCCAUCCACUGGGCUGCAUACCUUGGACAUGUUGGAGUCGUGAAGCUGCUGUUGUCACAUAGCGCGGAUGUGAUGUGCAAGGACAAACAAGGUUACACUCCACUCCAUGCUGCAGCUGCUGGUGGACAGUUGGAUGUGGUCAAAUAUCUGUUGAAGCUGAUGGUGGAGACUGAUGAACCCAACGUGUUUGGGAACACAGCGCUCCACAUGGCCUGUCACACGGGGCAAGAUGCUGUGGCCACUGAGCUGGUGAAUUCCGGCUCCGACAUCAACCAACCGAACCACUACGGCAGCACGCCACUGCAUCUGGCUGCCGCCUCUGCCAGCGGGGUGCUGUGUCUAGAGCUGCUGAUCAACAACGGUGCUGAUGUGAACGUGCAGAAUAAAGAAGGGAAGAGCCCUUUGCAUAUGGCUGCUAUGCAUGGGCGCUUCACAGGCUCCCAGAUUGUAAUCCAAAACGGGGGGGAGAUUGACUGUUCUGAUAUAUUUGGAAACACUCCUCUUCAUUUGGCUGCCAGAUACGGCCAGGAGUUACUGAUAAGCACUCUGCUGACAAAUGGUGCUGACAAGACCAGACAGGGAGUUAAUGGGAUGCUACCACUACAUUUGGCAGCACUCUACGGGUUUCCAGACUGUUGUCGGAAGUUACUGUCCAAUGGCCAGUUUUACAUCAUGCCUUCUCAGACAUCAUCGGCUGGCUUUGAUAUUAAUACGGUGGACGAACAUGGGAGGACCUGCCUGCAUGCUGCUGCUUCUGGAGGGAACGUUGAGUGUCUGAACUUGCUGUUGAGUAGUGCAGCUGACCUGGAUGUCAAAGAUAAUUUGGGAAGAUCUCCUUUGCACUACGCUGCAGCUAACAGGAACAGCCAGUGCACAAUCUCUCUGGUGAGAGCCGGUGCUGAGGUCAAUGAGCUGGACCUGACGGGCUGCAGCGCUCUACACUACGCUGCUGCUUCACACACUUUUUGUGGAGGGGAAACAAACUCAGGGCCUGAUUACAGCAAGGAAAGUGAUCACGAAGCCUCUCUGUGUUUGGACUACUUGCUUGAUAAUGGGGCGAACCCGACUCUGAAGAACAGUAAGGGUUACAGUGCCGUCCACUAUGCAGCUGCUUAUGGGAACAAACAGCACCUGGAACUGCUCCUGGAGAUUUCCUUCAACUGCCUGGAAGAGGUUGAAAGUAAUAUUCCAGUCAGUCCUUUGCACUUAGCUGCAUAUUAUGGCCACUGUGAGGCGCUACGUUUGCUGUCUGAGACCUUAGUUAGUCUGGAUGUGCGGGACAUUGAAGGAAGAACCGCCCUUCACCUGGCUGCUCAGCGAGGUUAUGCCACCUGUGUGGAGGUGCUGCUGGAGCAUCAAGCCUCCUACACGCUGAAGGAGCGCAGGCACAAGUGGACUGCUCUCCAUGCUGCAGCUGCUGAGGGCCAAAUGGACUGUCUGCUUUUAUUGGUCAACAGAGAACUUAGUGCUGACAUCAUCAGUAGUCCAGAUACUCAGGGACAGACCGCUCUCAUGCUGGCAGCUCUGGGACGCCACACUGACUGCGUCCACAUCCUGUUGGAGAAAGAAGCAAAGGCUGAUGCUGCAGACAAAAAGGGCUUCACAGCAUUACACAGAGCUGCCAUGUUGGGGAGUGAGGACUGUGUUUCUGCUCUGCUGGAACACGGGGCCUCAGCGCUCUGUAGAGACUCUCAGGGAAGGACCCCGCUGCACCUCGCAGCUUCACUCGGCCACACAGAGCUUCUCAAAACGUUGCUAAAAGCUGCUAUUAAAGCUGACCCGCUGGACUCCAUGUUGGACUUCAGAGGCUUCAUGCCCACACAUUGGGCUGCAUACCAUGGACAUGAGGGAUGUUUACACAUUUUACUUGAACACAAACUUUUAAGCACCCAGGAAGGAAACCUUUUCACUCCCUUGCACUGUGCUCUAGUUAAUGGACAUGACGUCGCUGUUGGACAUCUAUUGAAGACGAUUGGUCCCCAAAUUGUCCAUGUUAGUGAUGCCAAAGGAAGGACGCCGUUGCAUGCAGCUGCUUAUUCAGGAAAUGUCGCUGGGCUUGAGCUGGUCCUGGCCCAGACAGUAGAUGUCAAUGUUGUGGACCAUAGCGGAUGCUCUGCUCUGAUGGUUGCUGCAGACUGUGGACAGACGAGGGCUGUCGAGUUCCUGCUGCACAAAGCAAAGCCAGACCUGACCCUGGUGGAUGUCAAUCAUAACACUGCCCUUCACUUAGCCUGCAUCAAGGGUCAUGAGAUGUGUGCCCUGUUGAUCCUGGGGGAGAUCAGCGACUCUUCCCUCAUUAAUGCAACAAACAGCACUCUUCAAAUGCCCCUUCACAUUGCAGCGAGGAAAGGCCUGGCAACUGUAGUGCAGGUGUUACUGAGCAGAGGAGCAGCAGUCAUGGCUGUCGAUGAGGAAGGCCACACACCGGCGUUGGCCUGUGCCCCGAACAAGAACGUGGCAGACUGCCUGGCCCUGAUCCUCUCCACCAUGAAGCCUUUCCCCCCAAAAGAGGCCAGCGCGGGUGCAGUCUCCCACUACAACUCCAUCCUGAAGAACUGCGGCAUCACUGCCACCUGUGGGUCCAAUGGUAACAUGUGUCAUGCCUGAGUCGAGUGCCAAGCGGGCACUGCUGGCUGAUGGGGUGUUUGACGGGGUGAAAUUUCAUCCUAGUGUACCUUAAACCCUCACACAUUUACCACACACAAGUAGAAGUCUCCAGGGACACGUGUGGACAUGCAUAGCACUAUGGCAUUUGUACAUGUGUGUAUGCAUGUACUCAAUAUACUCUUGCACCAGUAGCAUUGAUUGCUUCUUUAAACCUAGUCUUACACGUCAUAAAUAGUAGCAUACCUCUAAGAUUAUCCUAUUUUUCAUGUGAGUUUAGUUUAGCACAUAUAUUUGUUAUCUAAAUGAAGUACUAACCAUGAGAUGUGAAAGUUUUAUUAUAGGCACACUACAAAAAGCCUCUCUACACUUGAACGUGACGAGUGCAAAUAUACUCAGAUGAUGGCAUGUUUAAUACGUUUAUGAGUGUGUCUGCAAGUGCUGCUGUGCAUUAUAGACGAAGCUUCUUAAUGUAUUUACGUACUCUUAACAGGUGCUGUAAACCUUUUAUGCAAUAAUGAGACUCUGAUUAUCCCGUUCUGAGAGUAGCAGACACUACAAAGAUAUAAAUAACCUUAUUUUACUUACAUUAUCACCUUUUACCUUGGUCGCAUUUCAGUUCAGCUAAAGGAGCAGUUACAAGCCUGGGUAUAUUUGAAGUAAGAGAAGAAACAGAGUCUAGUGUAAAUUGUUUUUCAAAUGAAGUUGUUCUUUUACUUGUAUUAUCUUGACUCCCAAAUGAUUGAGAACUUACCUCAGGCCACUGUGGAUGCAAUAACAAGCACAAUUUGAGCUUGACACUAUGCUACAAAUGAAAGUUAUGUUUGAGUGAAAUAAACCAGAAAUGAGGAAAGGGGUUUAAAUAAAUGAAUAUGUAUUGAUAUGAACAGUGAAGAUGCAAAGGGAAAAUCUCCCCAGCUUUGAGCUCUGUUCUUGGUACAUGUUACUUUUCUGUAAGUCUGCAACUACAGAUUCAUUUAAUGUCUGACUGCUUGAUUCUUUGUCUUGUCAUGAUAGCCCAAAGUGAUGUCUUUAAGAAGCUGUUUUUUUAGCAGUUCAAAACCAAACCAUUUUUAAUGUAUACAGAUACAAGACUAAUGAAAUCCUCAAAUCUCUAAUAUUUAAGAAGCUGUAACCAGAUAAUAUCUUUGCUUUUUCAGAUGGUGAAAAAGUUGGCAGUGCCUGCAAAAUAAGGUUUCCUUUAAUCGUUGUUUUACUUGUUAUCAAAAUAAGCACAAUAUGCCUUUCUUGGUACAAAGCUGUCACUCUCUCUCUCUCUCUUUUAAUAUAAAGCUUUUAUAAAUGGAAUUGUACAUUAAGUGUUUUAUCUUCGAGCUGUAUACACACAGACUUUAAUGUGUUCUCCCAGUAAUACCUGUUGUAUUUCCUAAAGUGGCUUUAAAGAUUUGCACUCUGACAUUGAAGUUUACAUUUUACGGUAGGAUCUCCUUUGGCUUAUGCAAAUAAAUGAUAAACCUUCUAGUCCAUUCAAAGAAUGCAACUUUCAGACAAGUGAAAGACACCAUUUAAUUUUAAGCAUUUCAACGGUUCCUUUUGAUGAAUCAAGUUUUAAAGUGAGGUUUUUCAUUUCUGAACACGAUUAGACGUGAAAUCCUUGAAACAAUGUUUGCAGAAUUCGCUCUGAAGAUUUUCAUGUGAACUAACUGAGGAUCUUCUGUUCGUCUUAACUCAGAUUUCAGGAUGAUACUCACAACUUGAAUAUUCUGUACGACAGAAGAUAAAUAAAUGAUCUCCAUUUAAAGA